ACCAAAACCAAAAUAUUUAUUUGUUCUCUCUCUAUAUUCUUUAGAAAAACAAAAAAAAAAAAGAAUGGAUCGGCAAAAUUCUGAUGAUAUCAUAAGGUUUCUAGAUGGAAUGGCUAGCUCUGACGAUGUUCUUUUUGGUUUUCUCGACGAAGGAAACCAAUCACCGGAGGAUUUCUCUUAUUCCGGUAACCUCAACGACGACGACGAAGAAGACAACAAUUGUAAUUCUGAAGAAAACAAAUCCUUUUGGCAAGAACAAGAACAACUCCUUCAGGGGACACUGUAUAGGACAAGUACCAUUGAGACAAAGAUUAGACAAGCGACAAAAGAAGCUUUGAAACAAGUUAAAUCUAAAGGUCUUUAUUGUGUCUGCCGACGACCAGUUGACGGCGGUUGCCGGAGCUGCUUACGUGGCGAGAUUUCUAGACAACUCAGAGAUGUCGCCGGCUACGAUUGUGUUAUCACCAAAUCUAAAUGGAGAAGCUCUCAAGACAUCCCUGCAGGGGAACACGAGUUUAUAGAGAUCGUAGACCGAUCGGGUUCGAAGAAAGGGGAGAUGAGAGUGGUGAUAGAGUUAUCAUUUAAGGCAGAGUUCGAGAUUGCAAAAGGCAGUGAAGAGUACAAAAGACUAGUUAGCCGAUUGCCUGAGGUUUACGUCGGAAAAACCGAGAGGCUUCGAUCUCUGAUCAAGAUAUUGUGCAUUGCGGCAAAAAGAUGCUUGAGAGACAAGAAAAUGCAUAUGGCUCCUUGGAGAAAACACAAGUACAUGCAAGCCAAGUGGCUUAGCACUUGCGACCGAUCAAGCUCCUUGGAAGCCGCGGUUUCCGAGGCCAUGGAGCCGGAGAAUUGGGUACCGGUGGCUAAGACUAGGGUUUCUAUGUUGAACUAUGAUGGUCUCUUAGGUAGUUUCUCUGCUGGUCCGGCCGCUCUUACUGUUGUGUGAUAUUUUGUAUUUUUUUUGUUGAUGGCUUGUAAUUAUUAAUUGGAGGUAGGGUGAGUAUAUUGUUAAUUAUGAGUUUCUGAUUGAAGUUCUCCGGAACAUGGUCUCAUCAGCGACUCUGUUCUGAUGAUACUUGACAUUGUGUAGCAAAUAGUGAAAAGGUUGGUUUGGGUCAUUGGUGCAAGAAAGAAA